AUGAAUCGAAUGGCCAUGAAGAAGUCCUCCUACGGCAUGGAAGACGACGAUGAUGACGACGAGGAGGGCGACGAAAAGGUGGGCACCGGCGAUUCGACCGACUCCGAUUUUGAUGAUGAUGAGGACCCGGAUGAGAUUGAAGUACCAGGCGGAGGAAAGGAUCUUGCGACGGUAGCGACACUGACCAAGAAGUACAAACCAGAAGGAACCGGGUUAUUAAACACCGUUACAGCGAACAGCAUGGCCGCGGCUGGCAUCAACAAAAACGAUCCCCAAAAGCAGCAGCAACAGCAGCAGAAGUUAAAUCUUGGUUUGCCCGGUAGCAGAGGCUCGACGAUAGUGAUUCCAGGUGCGGUCGGUGCCAUUUCGAACGCCAGCCGAAUCAAUUCCGCGAUGAAGCCAGGCUUCCCGGGACCGCUCCGGUCGUCAGUGGACGGGAAGGGUGCGCUAGGCCCCGGUACUGGUGGCAGUGCUGCUGGUGGGAGAGGUAGCGGAGGAUCAUCGACGUCCUCGAGCCUUGCCACGGGCCAACGCUGGCCGGUGGGUGGAAAUCUGGCCACGGGCGGUGGUCCCAGUGGCAGCGGUAGUGGAAGUUCCUCUUCCGUCGUCAAGCCAAUCACGACGACGACGUCGAUGUCGGCAGCGGCGGCCACGACGGUGACUGGAACGGUGGUGCCCCCAGGAGCGACCAGCAUCCUUGGCGGCCUGGGAAGCUACUACCCGCCCAGCUUUGCCACUCUGCUGGCGCAGAUGGAAAUGGCUAGCGUCGGUUUCGGGGGCAAUUCGUCGUUUGGUGGCAGCAGCAAAACGGUAGGGAAUGAUAACAUGAACCAAAUCAUGUCCAGCCAGCUCAUGCUCCAGAACCUGCAGGCGAUGCUGGUGGCCAAUCCGCACUACCUAACCAGUGGCAUUCCAACCAAAUUGAUCUCGCAAAUGGUGAUGGCGGAUCCCAGCAAGUUACAGUUGAUGCCAAUUCCCGAGGAAGAGGAAGCAGAGGACGAGGAAAUGGGUGUGGCUGAAACGUACGCCGAAUAUUGGCCGGCAAAGUUGAAAAUCGGCAAAAAGCAUCCCGAUCCGGUGGUGGAAACGGCUUCACUAUCGUCGGUAGAACCCAGCGACGUGUACUAUCAACUCUCCAUUCCCCAGGAGACGAUCAACGGUGGAUUGUUAAGUGCGUUGCAGCUCGAAUCGAUCACGUACGCCAGCCAAGCACACGCGCACCUUCUCCCAGAUGGUACACGGGCCGGAUUUUUGAUCGGCGACGGUGCCGGUGUCGGUAAGGGUCGUACGAUCGCUGGGAUCAUCUACGAGAAUUAUAUGAAAGGGCGCAAGAAAUCCAUUUGGAUAUCGGUGUCGAACGAUCUGCGGUACGAUUCGGAGCGCGAUCUGCGUGACAUUGGAGCUGGCAAAAUCGAGGUCCUUGCACUGAAUAAGCUAAAGUACGCUAAAAUAAACUCAACGGUGAACCACAACGUCAAAAAAGGCGUCAUAUUCGGCACGUACUCGGCGUUGAUCGGUGAGUCACAAAGUACAACCGGGAAGUACAAAUCGCGCCUCAAGCAACUACUGCAGUGGUGCGGAGCUGACUUUGACGGCGUGAUCGUGUUUGAUGAGUGCCACAAGGCGAAGAACCUGUGCCCGGUUGGUUCGAGUAAGCCGACCAAGACGGGUCUAACGGCGCUGGAGCUGCAGAACAAACUACCGAAAGCGCGUGUCGUGUACGCGUCGGCCACUGGCGCCUCGGAACCUCGCAACAUGGCGUACAUGGUGCGGCUAGGCAUAUGGGGCCAGGGGACACCCUUUCCGUCCUUUACGGAUUUCAUUCAGGCUGUCGAAAAACGUGGCGUCGGUGCGAUGGAAAUAGUUGCCAUGGACAUGAAGCAGCGAGGAAUGUACAUUGCACGGCAGCUGAGCUUCCACGGAGUGACAUUUAAGAUUGAGGAGGUGCCUCUUACGAAGGAGUUCAAACAGGUGUACGAUGCGUCGGUUGAGCUGUGGGUGGAAGCGAUGCAAAAGUUUACCGAAGCCGCCGAGCUGAUCGACGCCGAGAGUCGGAUGAAGAAAACGAUGUGGGGUCAGUUCUGGUCGGCGCACCAGCGCUUCUUCAAGUAUCUUUGCAUCGCCUCCAAGGUGAACCAUGCCGUCAAGGUGGCAAGGGAAGCGAUCAAAUACGGCAAAUGCGUGGUAAUCGGUCUGCAGUCGACGGGUGAGGCACGUACGCUCGAGCAGCUUGAACGGGACGAUGGUGAACUGAGCGACUUCGUCUCGACGGCGAAAGGCGUGAUGCAGUCGCUGGUGGAGAAGCAUUUUCCCGCACCGGAUCGUAACCGUAUCAACCGGUUGCUGGAUGUCCGCAAACAACUAGCCCUAGGUUUACUCGGCGGUGAGCUGGACGAAAUUGUUCGGAAUAAGGUGACAUCAUCGGGCACCUCUGGAAGUGCGAUUGCGAAACGCAAACGAAUGGGAAACCGGGGCAAAGCAUCCUCCGGUGUGACAAAGACGAAGCGCUCGCGAAACGAUUCGUCAGAUGAGGACGGUUCGUCCUCUGAUACGUCUUCUAACGCUUCGUCUCCCCGCCAAUCGAACGAAUCCGACAUUCGAACAUCCGACAGCGAAGCGGAGGGAAGCUUUCACGACAGCUUCGACAGUGAAGCCAGUGUGAGUGACGAGUACAAUCCGUUCUUUUCUGGUUCCGACACCGACGGUGAUGACCCUUGGGUGAGUGGUAAAACCAAAUCCACCGCCAGUUCGAACCGAUCUAAGGCGAAAGCGACUAGUAAACCCGCUUCCACGACGUCGACACCGGUGGCUGAAGCGGUACCCGCUGCUAUUGUGACCAGUGGCGCCGUGAGCGGUCGCAAGAAACCGGUUAGCACCCAAGACAAGAUACAGGCGCACCUGACGAAAAAGCAGACGGAUACGAAACCAUUUACCAUCCAGUCGAGUAACGGGUUUUCGAUCCAGCUCGCCGGUGGGCCCCCACCAAAGGAUGCGAUCGAACGAGCGUGUCAGAUGAAGGACGAGUUGCUGGAGAAAAUAGAACGGUUGGGUUUACGAUUACCGGCAAACACGCUCGAUCAGUUGAUCGACGAGCUGGGUGGACCGGAGAAUGUGGCCGAAAUGACGGGCCGUAAGGGGCGCGUGGUGCAGAACGACGACGGUUCCAUUCAGUACGAGUCCCGGUCCGAACAGGACGUGCCGCUCGAGACGCUCAACAUAACGGAGAAGCAGCGGUUUAUGGACGGCACGAAGGACGUGGCGAUCAUUUCCGAAGCCGCUUCGAGCGGUAUCUCGCUGCAAAGUGACCGGCGGGUGCGAAACCAGAGGCGGCGAGUGCACAUAACACUGGAGUUGCCGUGGUCCGCUGACCGGGCGAUACAACAGUUCGGACGUACCCAUCGCUCGAACCAGGUGAACGCACCUGAGUACAUGUUCCUCAUUUCGGAUCUUGCCGGUGAGCGUCGAUUCGCGUCGACUGUGGCCAAACGACUCGAAUCGCUUGGUGCUCUGACGCAUGGUGAUCGCCGAGCGACGGAGACACGCGAUCUGUCGCAGUUUAACAUCGAUAACAAGUACGGUCGUACGGCGCUAGAGGCUGUGAUGAAGACGAUAAUGGGCUAUGAGGCACCGAUCGUACCGCCCCCGUCCGAUUAUCGGGGUGACUUCUUCAAGGAUGUCGCGGGGGCACUGGUCGGUGUGGGGCUGAUUGUGAAUACCGAGCAGAUGCCGGGCGUGCUCAGCCUGGACAAGGACUACAACAACAUAUCGAAGUUCCUGAAUCGCAUCCUCGGCAUGCCGGUAGAGUUGCAGAACCGUCUGUUCAAGUACUUUACCGAUACGCUCGAGGCGACCAUCGCACAGGAGAAGAAGCGCGGCCGGUUUGAUUUGGGUAUUCUGGAUCUUGGAACGGCCGGAGAAAACGUAACGCGCAUCAAGAAAAUUCGAUUCGCCCGCAAACAUUCGACAGGAAUUGCACCUACCGAACUACAUGUCGUCAAGGUGGAGCGGGGCAUGAUCUGGCAGGAAGCAAUCGACAAAUGGGCCGAACUGGGCGGUGACAUGGAAGGUUUCUAUGUUUCGCAACAAGUCCGUAACGGCAAGUACAACGUGAUAUUGGCGAUCGAGAUCGAGAAUCCCGCCAAGAAAAAGGCACUCACCGUCGGGGCCGAUGUGAAGGGCAAGAAGGAGACCAGGCUGUUCCAGAUCUACCACCCUAACACGGGCCUGCAGUUCAAGCACGAAUCGCUCGCCGAGCUGGAGAAGAAAUACAAGAAGGUCCUAAGCACCGAGGCGGAACCACACUGGACGCAACUGUACGACUCUUCGAUCAACACCUGCUCGCAUAGCUACUGGAAGGGCCAGUGUCGCAAUGUUACGCUGGGACACGAAUGCGAGGUCGGAUUGCGGAGGCGUACGUACAACGUUCUUUCCGGUUCGGUGCUUGCAGUGUGGGCGCGGGUGGAAGACAGCCUCGCCGCCCGCAUCGGGAAUCAGUCGCGCCUGCAGGUGAUCCGACUGAAGACGAAGGAGGGAGUUAAGAUCGUCGGCACGCUCAUUCCAAAGAAUUGCGUCGAGCAGCUGGUGAAGGAUCUGGGGGGCGAUUCAGAGAAGGUGGACGAGGUGAUAUUUGAGGAUCAGUAAUGCUCCCGUUCCGCCCCACCUCAGUUUGAAGUUUCCCGCCGGUGGCGAUCCCUGUAGAUGUGUUAGAAGCUAUGCGAAUUUUCGAUAAAUGAACGAUGCAAAUAAUUGAUCAUUUUCCCGCUGAACUCGCGGUUGUAUGUUAGUAUGUUAUGCUGUGCUUUGGCACGGAAACAGAGAAGAACUCGGUGUCAUACCGAGCUUUAGAUUGGCGCUGAGUUCGGAACAUACAGAAUAUUGCUUGAGUUAGUUGUUCGUUGAAGGAACAAGUAUUUUUAUGGAUUUUUAAGCAUUAAUUACACAUUUGCUUCAACCAGAAGGCGAUACACUUAAGCCUGUUUUUGUUUUCGAUUCAUUGUAAGGAUUCGGUGGAGCUUCAGAAGCAAACGUAUCCGGAUCGCUUGUAUCGCAUACCCUCCCGUUUCCUUGUUUUGUGAAAAUGAUCGAACACGGUGUCACGUUGGUGGUCGCCACUCAUGCAUCUGAAGGCACAGUAGCACGAAAAUUGAAAUCCUAGGUAGGUAGUUCCCCGGUUUUGCUUUAGUUAAGUGUAAGGAAUUCUGUAAACUUGUGUACAAAUUAUCUAAGUUUAUCAAACUACGCCAACCGAUACUUAUGCCCGUCUGUUAGGGUGAAUUCGGUGUUGCGGAGGGUGAGAUACGUGUGGGACAAGGCUUGUGGCACUAAACGCCACCGCCUGUGUCUGUACUGAUGAACUGCUGCUUAUUUAUCGUAUACUUUGCUCUACCACACACCUGGCUGCGUUAUGUAUUAAGAUCAUAACGACAAUCCUACAGCGAGACGAGCGGAUUUAUCGCAUAUCUUGCAAUGAUGGCCAAUAAAGGAUUAAGUGAAGU